GCUUAUCAUUCUCUGAACAGACCACUCACUCCUGACACCAUGUGUUACUAUGGCGGAUACUAUGGAGGCCUGGGCUAUGGCUAUGGUGGCCUAGGCUAUGGCUAUGGCUGUGGCUAUGGCUGUGGUUAUGGUGGCUAUGGUGGCUAUGGUGGCUAUGGUUAUGGCUGCUGCCGCCCACUGUGCUAUAGAAGGUACUGGUCCUAUGGUUUCUACUGAGGAGAUUCUGUAGCUGCUCACUCCAACUUUCUGCACAUCAGAAAUUUUUAGAAGUUGUCAUAAAUUCCAUCCUUAUACUAAACUUUCUGAGGAAAAAUAACAAAAUCCAGCAUGCUCAUCAUUCCUCAUCUGUAUAUUGACAGCAUGACAGCUUGCAGAGAAAUUCUUCGUUGUAUUCAUAAUGCCUUUGAAAAAUGAGACCCAGUUAGAUUCUUACCUAUUGUAUUAAAAUAAUUUCCCUUUAAAUAAACCAUUUCACUGAAAA